GUUUGGUAAGAACAUGUAAUACAAUAUCUGUAUGUGAAUUUUAUUUAAUUUAGUCUAGUCAAAACAAGACUUCAGCUGCUACUUACGUGAAUCCAUUUUCCGAAUGAGUCUCAUGGUAGAUGAACAGGCUUAAAUGAUUAUUAAAUUAUAUCUACAUACAGGAUUCGCAUCGUCUAGGUGUAAUUAGGAACCCCCUUGUCCGACAGAAAUGACUACGAAUCUCAAAGUCUCUCGAUGUAUUUAUAUUUAAUAACACAAUACAUGUAGAUUUUCAUAGACAGGCCGUAUAUUCAGACAUGUCUUGUCUGUUACUCUUGUCAAAACUUUUAAGAUUAAUGACUCUCACUAAAAUGCGCAGUUAGCCAUAUUGUGGAUGUGCACUUAACAGUCGCUUUAGGCCUGAGGAUUACAUCACCACGAGCUGUGUAUUCAUAUGGUCAUUGUCUCAGUAGGACCGUACUUAACCACCCACGCAGACAAGCACUGGAUAAACACAUGGCAACCGUGUACAUUUUAUUUAUAUGUAAGCCCCCGCUUACAUCCCAAUUCUAUGAUCAUCUUGAAUAUUUGAUCAAAUCAGAAAAAUAAUGCUUUCUUUUUGCCACAAGGCCCCGCAUUUCGAUUGGCUGAUAGCAGUCAUGUGAUCAGGAAUUGGCUGCAAUUUCGCCCAUAGUCUUCAGUUUAGUAGACACAGGUCCCCAUACGCUAGUAAUAUCACCAAUAUACACAAUUAUUAAAGCCCGCAAAUGCAGCCAUAGCGAGAGCGCAAAAUAAAACGACGCCUUUUGGAUGUGAUUUUUGUGCGUUUUGGUGUCGCUGAUCGCCCUUCUUGACUAGGCGAAGCGAUGAAUUUUGAAUUUGAGAGGGAGAUUGGGUUCAUCAACAGCCAGCCUUCCCUUGCUGAGUGCCUGACGUCUUUCCCCGCUGUCCUGGAGUCAUUUCAAACUUCAUCAAUCAAGGACUCGACAGUAAUUCCACCUCCUUUCGAGAACACCAUCCCCAGCCUGAGCCCUUGCACAGGCAACCAGGCGCGACCGAAGAGCCAAAAGCGAACCGCCUCCAAUGGCCUCCAGCUCCGGACGCAGGCAACACCGCCAACGCAACAGCAGCAGCAGGGCCCGGCUGCACUAUCGGGCGGUUGUCCUCUGGCCCACGAGUUCCCAUGGAUGAAGGAGAAGAAAUCGUCAAAGAAGUGCCCCAAGCCCGGAACAGCGGCAGCGGCAGCGGCAGCAGCCUCUGCAGCUGCCUCCCCAUCUCCAGCAUCCUCUGGCUAUACCACAGCGGGACUUGAGUCCCCGACAGACAUACAAGGAGGGCUGGACAAUAGUAGUGGUUCGCGGCGUCUGAGGACUGCCUACACCAACACACAGCUGCUCGAGCUGGAGAAGGAGUUCCACUUUAAUAAAUACCUCUGUCGACCCAGGAGAGUGGAAAUCGCAGCACUAUUGGAUCUAACCGAACGACAAGUCAAAGUGUGGUUUCAGAACCGGCGCAUGAAGCACAAGCGACAGACGACGCAUCACCGAGAUGGCCAAGAGGGCGAACCUAGCGGCUUUGAGCCCCUAGACGGCACCGACGCCGCCUCGCCUUACUCGAACCAGCCCCCGGAAUCGUCGGGUCCGGGAUCCAGCUCAGGUUCGGCGGCAGCUUCGGAGAGCGAAUCAUGCCCCCCUGCCGCCUGCUACACGAACAGUGCCGACAAUAGCCAGCCCACGCCUGAGGAAGGUCAGGCGAUGCGGCCGAAGUGCACAUCUGUUCCUGACACAGCGAUGCACUCCCCCCCGUACCCAACGCCCACUGCAGAGACUUCGGCUACAAUGGGCAGCGAAGGCCGAGAGCACAGCGCGUUCCCUGAGCCGCAGGACACCAACUCACUUGCUGACUUGAAUUUCUUUUCCACUGACUCCUGCCUACAGAUUUCGGACGCUUUAUCACCGAGUCUGCAAAGCUCACUGGACAGCCCCGUAGACUUUUCCGAAGAGGAUUUUGACCUGUUUACGAGUACUCUUUGUACCAUAGAUUUACAACAUUUACAGUUCUAAUUGACUGUAACGUUUAGAAAGAACAAUUCAAAUCCAAAUGCAUCUCAUCACAGUUUAAUGAUUUUGUUGACUACAACAUUCCUGAAAAAGAAGGACAAAUUCCCUUCUGGGUUAUAUGCAGGCAUAGUUGUGAGACGAAGCCGUGGCGGGAAAAAAAUAUUGCUUUGACAGUAUUACGGUGACCUAUUAUAGCGAAUCUACCACGGGAUUACCCAUGGCCAGUUUCAGGUAUUUUACUGUCUUUUGUUUGUCUCGCUUUUAGUUUUGGGGCUGACUUAUGCAGAUAAAUGUUGUGGGGACUUGUUUUCAGUGGAGCUCAAUCAUUGAAUUCUCAGGAAAUGUGUCAGAAAUGAGGCUAGCUGAACUGCUUUUAGGAAAUUCUCCCGAGACGGGCGUUGCCCCAAUGAUGAAUUUUAGAACUAGUUUAUUUAUUGAGAUUCUUUAAUAGUAAAUUUCAAAUUAUUUAUUGUACAUUAUUUUCAUAGUUGAAAAUAAAACAUUUAUAAGCUGGAA